AUGGAACCACCUACAGACACUGCAUCCACCACUACAGAAACUACAGAAUCCACAACAGAGCCUCCCACUAUCUCAACCACGGACCUACCUACAGACACUGGAUCCACCACUACAGAAACUACAGAAUCCACAACAGAGCCUCCCACUAUCUCAGCCACAGAACCACCUACAGACACUGCAUCCACCACUACAGAAACUACAGAAUCCUCAGCACAGCCUCCCACUAUCUCAGCCACAGAACCACCUACAGACACUGCAUCCACCACUACAGAAACUACAGAAUCCACAACACCGCCUCCCACUAUCUCAACCACGGACCUACCUACAGACACUGGAUCCACCACUACAGAAACUACAGAAUCCACAACAGAGCCUCCCACUAUCUCAGCCACAGAACCACCUACAGACACUGCAUCCACCACUACAGAAACUACAGAAUCCACAACAGAGCCUCCCACUAUCUCAGCCACAGAACCACCUACAGACACUGCAUCCACCACUACAGAAACUACAGAAUCCACAACACCGCCUCCCACUAUCUCAACCACGGAGCUACCUACAGACACUGGAUCCACCACUACAGAAACUACAGAAUCCACAACACCGCCUCCCACUAUCUCAACCACGGAACUACCUACAGACACUGGAUCCACCACUACAGAAACUACAGAAUCUAAAACACCACCUCCCACUAUCUCAACCACGGAACCACCUACAGACACUGCAUCCACCACUACAGAAACAACAGAAUCCACAACACCACCUCCCACUAUCUCAACCACGGAACCACCUACAGACACUGCAUCCACUACUACAGAAACUACAGAAUCCACAACAGAGCCUCCCACUAUCUCAACCACGGACCUACCUACAGACACUGGAUCCACCACUACAGAAACUACAGAAUCCACAACAGAGCCUCCCACUAUCUCAGCCACAGAACCACCUACAGACACUGCAUCCACCACUACAGAAACUACAGAAUCCUCAGCACAGCCUCCCACUAUCUCAGCCACAGAACCACCUACAGACACUGCAUCCACCACUACAGAAACUACAGAAUCCACAACACCGCCUCCCACUAUCUCAACCACAGAGCUACCUACAGACACUGAAUCCACCACUACAGAAACUACAGAAUCCACAACACCGCCUCCCACUAUCUCAGCCGUAGAAGCACCUACAGACACUGCAUCCACCACUACAGAAACUACAGAAUCCACAACAGAGCCUCCCACUAUCUCAACCACGGAGCGACCUACAGACACUGGAUCUACCACUACAGAAACUACAGAAUCCACAACACCGCCUCCCACUAUCUCAACCACGGAGCUACCUACAGACACUGCAUCCACCACAACAGAAACUACAGAAUCCACAACAGAGCCUCCCACUAUCUCAACCACAGAACCACCUACAGACACUGGAUCCACCACUACAGAAACUACAGAAUCCACAACAGAGCCUCCCACUAUCUCAGCCACAGAACCACCUACAGACACUGCAUACACCGCUACAGAAACUACAGAAUCCACAACACCGCCUCCCACUAUCUCAACCACGGAACUACCUACAGACACUGGAUCCACCACUACAGAAACUACAGAAUCUAAAACACCACCUCCCACUAUCUCAACCACAGAACCACCUACAGACACUGCAUCCACCACUACAGAAACUACAGAAUCCACAACAGAGCCUCCCACUAUCUCAGCCACAGAACCACCUACAGACACUGCAUCCACCACUACAGAAACUACAGAAUCCACAACAGAGCCUCCCACUAUCUCAACCACGGAGCUACCUACAGACACUGGAUCUACCACUACAGAAACUACAGAAUCCACAACACCGCCUCCCACUAUCUCAACCACGGAGCUACCUACAGACACUGGAUCCACCACUACAGAAACGACAGAAUCCACAACACCGCCUCCCACUAUCUCAACCACGGAACUACCUACAGACACUGGAUCCACCACUACAGAAACUACAGAAUCUAAAACACCACCUCCCACUAUCUCAACCACGGAACCACCUAUAGACACUGGAUCCACCACUACAGAAACUACAGAAUCAAAAACACCGCCUCCCACUAUCUCAACCACGGAACCACCUAUAGACACUGGAUCCACCUCUACAGAAACUACAGAAUACACAACAGAGCCUCCCACUAUCUCAACCACGGAACUACCUACAGACACUGGAUCCACCACUACAGAAACUACAGAAUCCACAACACCGCCUCCCACUAUCUCAACCACGGAACCACCUACAGACACUGGAUCCACCACUACAGAAACUACAGAAUCUACAACACCACCUCCCACUAUCUCAACCACGGAACCACCUAUAGACACUGGAUCCACCACUACAGAAACUACAGAAUCCACAAGACCGACUCCCACUAUCUCAACCACAGAACCACCUACAGACACUGGAUCUAGCACUACAGAAACUACAGAAUCCUCAACACAGCCUCCCACUAUCUCAACCACAGAACCACCUACAGACACUGCAUCCACCACUACAGAAACUACAGAAUCCUCAGCACAGCCUCCCACUAUCUCAACCACAGAUCCACCUACAGACACUGGAUCUACCACUACAGAAACUACAGAAUCCUCAACACAGCCUUCCACUAUCUCAACCACGGAACCACCUACAGACACUGCAUCCACCACUACAGAAACUACAGAAUCCACAACACUGACUUCUACUGUCUCAACCACGGAACCACCUACAGACACUGGAUCUACCACUACAGAAACUAUAGAAUCCUCAACACAGCCUUCCACUAUCUCAACCACAGAACCACCUACAGACACUGCAUCCACCACUACAGAAACGACAGAAUCCACAACACCACCUCCCACUAUCUCAACCACAGAACUACCUACAGACACUGGAUCCACGAAUACAGAAACGACAGAAUCUACAACACCGCCUCCCACUAUCUCAACCACGGAACCACCUAUAGACACUGGAUCCACCACUACAGAAACUACAGAAUCCACAACACUGACUCCUACUAUCUCAACCACAGAACCACCUACAAACACUGGAUCCACCACUACAGAAACUACAGAAUCCUCAACACAGCCUCCCACUAUCUCAACCACAGAACCACCUACAGACACUGGAUCUACCACUACAGAAACUACAGAAUCCUCAACACAGCCUUCCACUAUCUCAACCACGGAACCACCUCCAGACACUGCAUCCACCACUACAGAAACAACAGAAUCUACAACACCGCCUCCCACUAUCUCAACCACAGAACCACCUGCAGACACUGGAUCCACCACGACAGAAACUACAGAAUCCACAACACCGCCUCCCACUAUCUCAACCACAGAACUACCUACAGACACUGCAUCCACCACUACAAAAACUACAGAAUACACACCAGAGCCUCCCACUAUUUCAACCACGGAACCACCUACAGACACUGCAUCCACCACUGCAAAAACUACAGAAUCCACAACAGAGCCUCCCACUAUCUCAACCACAGAACCGCCUACAGACACUGCAUCUUCCACUGCAAAAACAACAGAAUCCACAACACCGCCUCCCACUAUAUCAACCACAGAACCACCUACAGACACUGGAUCCACCACUACAGAAACUACAGAAUCCACAACACCGCCUCCCACUAUCUCAAACACGGAACCACCUACAGACACGGGAUCCACCACUACAGAAACUACAGAAUCCACAACACCGCCUCCCACUAUCUCAACCAUGGAACCACCUACAGACACUGGAUCCACCACUACAGAAACUACAGAAUCCAGAACACCGCCUCCGACUAUCUCAACCACAGAACUACCUACAGACACUGGAUCCACCACUACAGAAACUACAGAAUCUACAACACUGCCUCCCACUAUCUCAACCACGGAACCACCUACAGACACUGCAUCCACCACUACAAAAACUACAGAAUACACAACAGAGCCUCCCACUAUCUCAACCACAGAACCGCCUACAGACACUGCAUCCACCACUGCAAAACCUACAGAAUCCACAACACCACCUCCCACUAUCUCAACCACAGUACCGCCUACAGACACUGCAUCUACCACUGCAAAAACUACAGAAUCCACAACACCGCCUCCCACUAUCUCAACCACAGAGCCACCUACAGACACUGGAUCCACCACUACAGAAACUACAGAAUCCACAACACCGCCUCCCACUAUCUCAACCACGGAACCACCUACAGACACUGCAUCCACCACUACAGAAACUACAGAAUCCACAACACCGCCUCCCACUAUCUCAACCAUGGAUCCACCUACAGACACUGGAUCCACCACUACAGAAACUACAGAAUCCAGAACACCGCCUCCCACUAUCUCAACCACAGAACUACCUACAGACACUGGAUCCACCACUACAGAAACUAUAGAAUCUACAACACUGCCUCCCACUAUCUCAACCACGGAACCACCUACAGACACUGCAUCCACCACUACAAAAACUACAGAAUACACAACAGAGCCUCCCACUAUCUCAACCACGGAACCACCUACAGACACUGCAUCCACCACUGCAAAAACUACAGAAUACACAACAGAGCCUCCCACUAUCUCAACCACAGAACCGCCUACAGACACUGCAUCCACCACUGCAAAACCUACAGAAUCCUCAACAUCACCUCCCACUAUCUCAACCACAGUACCGCCUACAGACACUGCAUCUACCACUGCAAAAACGACAGAAUCCACAACACCGCCUCCCACUAUCUCAACCACGGAACCACCUACAGACACUGGAUCCACCACUACAGAAACUACAGAAUCCACAACACCGCCUCCCACUAUCUCAACCACGGAACCACCUACAGACACUGCAUCCACCACUGCAAAAACUACAGAAUCCACAACAGAGCCUCCCACUAUCUUAACCACAGAACCGCCUACAGACACUGCAUCUACCACUGCAAAAACUACAGAAUCUACAUCACCGCCUCCCACUAUCUCAACCACGGAACCACCUACAGACACUGAAUCCACCACUGCAAAAACGACAGAAUCCACAACACCGCCUCCCACUAUCUCAACCACAGAACCACCUACAGACACUGGAUCCACCACUACAGAAACCACAGAAUCCACAACAUCGCCUCCCACUAUCUCAACCACGGAACCACCUACAGACACUGCAUCCACCACUGCAAAACCUACAGAAUCCACAACACCACCUCCCACUAUCUCAACCACAGUACCGCCUACAGACACUGCAUCUACCACUGCAAAAACGACAGAAUCCACAACACCGCCUCCCACUAUCUCAACCACAGAGCCACCUACAGACACUGGAUCCACCAGUACAGAAACGACAGAAUCCACAACACCGCCUCCCACUAUCUCAACCACGGAACCGCCUACAGACACUGGAUCCACCACUACAGAAACUACAGAAUCCACAACACCGCCUCCCACUAUCUCAACCACAGAACCGCCUACAGACACUGGAUCCACCACUACAGAAACUACAGAAUCUACAACACCGCCUCCCACUAUCUCAACCACGGAGCCACCUACAGACACUGCAUCCACCACUGCAAAAACUACAGAAUCCACAACAGAGCCUCCCACUAUCUCAACCACAGAACCACCUACAGACACUGCAUCUACCACUGCAAAAACUACAGAAUCCAGAACACCGCCUCCCACUAUUUCAACCACGGAACCACCUACAGACACUGCAUCCACCUCUGCAAAAACUACAGAAUCCACAACACAGCCUCCAACUAUCUCAACCACAAAACCGCCUACAGACACUGCAUCUACCACUGCAAAAACUACAGAAUCCACAACACAGCCUCCCACUAUCUCAACUACAGAACCGCCUACAGACACUGAAUCCACCACUGCAAAAUCUACAGAAUCCACAACACAGCCUCCCACAAUCUCAACUACAGAACCGCCUACAGACACUGAAUCCACCACUGCAAAAACUACAGAAUUCACAACAGAACCCCCCACUAUCUCAUCCACAGAACCGCCUACAGGCACUGCAUCCACCACUGCAAAAACUACAGAAUCCACAACACAGCCAACCACUAUCUCAACCACAGACCCACCUGCGGACACUGCAUCUACCACUGCAAAAACUACAGAAUAUACAACACCACCUCCCACUGUCUCAACCACAGAACCGCCUACAGAUACUGAAUCCACCACUGCAAAAACUACAGAAUCCACAACACAGCCUCCCACUAUCUCAACCACAGAACCGCCUACAGACACUGCAUCCACCACUGCAAAAACUACAGAAUCCACAACACAGCCUCCCACAGUCUCAACUACAGAACCGCCUACAGACACUGAAUCCACCACUGCAAAAACUACAGAAUUCACAACACAACCCCCCACUAUCUCAACCACAGAACCGCCUACAGGCACUGCAUCCACCACUGCAAAAACUACAGAAUCCACAACACAGCCAACCUCUAUCUCAACCACGGAACCACCUACAGACACUGCAUCUACCACUGCGAAAACUACAGAAUCUACAACACCACCUCCCACUAUCUCAACCACAGAACCACCUACAGACACUGCAUCUACCACUGCAAAAACUACAGAAUCCACAGCACCACCUCCCACUAUCUCAACCUCCGAACCACCUACAGACACUAUAUCUACCACUGUAAAAACUACAGAAUCUACAAUACAGCCGCCCACUAUCUCAACCACAGAACCACCUACAGACACUGAAUCUACAACUGCAAAAACUACAGAAUUUACAACACAGCCACCCACUAUCUCAACCACAGAACCGCCUACAGACACUGCGUCUACCACUGCAAAAACUACAGAAUCCACAACACCUCCUCCAACUAUCUCAACCACAGAACCACCUACAGACACUGCAUCUACGACUGCAAAAACUACAGAAUCUACAACACCACCUCCAACUAUCUCAACCACGGAACCAUCUACAAGUACAAGUAACAUCACUGAAUCAAGAUCACUUACUUCAACUAUAGAACACACUACAGGAACUGAAGUAACCACCACAAAAAGCAAUGAGACAACAACAAAGCCAUCUACAACAUCAACCAUAAAACCACCCACAACUGAAUCUACUGUAAGAAAUACUACAGAAUUAUCAACAGAAACACCCACUACAUUAAUCACAACAGCAAGUACGAAACUGCCUGUUAUUCUCAGUACGACUCAGUCCACCACCAUCUUGUCAUCAACCACUAGAUCACCAGUUACCGCACCAGGGCUCAUCUGUGAAAAUGGAGGCUAUUUCGAUGGAAGAAAAUGCGUCUGCAAAACUGAGUUCUACGGGGCCAAGUGUGAAUUUAUUGUAGAUGAAUUGAGACCAAGCUCGGUCGUCGUCAAAGUGGAAAUCAGCAUCUCCAUAAUUGAACAAUUCAAUGCAACUCUCAAUGAUGAAACCUCAGAUGAUUACAUAAAAUUUAAAGCUAGAUUCAGCACGAAGAUGAAAGAUUUUUAUAAAGAAAAGGCACACAUUACAAGUUUAAAGGAUAUCAAAAUGAAAUCCCUUAGAAAUGGCAGUAUUAUCGUAGAGCAUGAAGUAAAACUAAAUGCUAAUUUUGGACAUGCUGCAGAAGAACAACUUCAAGCAGUUUCUAGAAUUAGUAAUGCCUUAAAGGAUAAUAAAUGCACGGCAGAUGGGAGUGAUCAAUUGUGUUUUAAUCCGAACGCCAGCGUUGUUCCAAUACCGAUUGAAUUACAAGAGUUGUGUGCUGAUUCCCUUGAUAUUAGUGAAAAUGUUACUCAAUAUUAUGAAGCUGUAAAUGAAACAACCGAUCUCGUGUGCGCGUCAAACUGCAGUAGAUUAAACAACCAUUUUGUGGACUGCAACAAAGGACAAUGUUCUCUCACACAAAAGGGACCCCAUUGCUAUUGUGAGAUUUCAGACCAGUACUGGUACACAGGAAAUCGGUGCCAGACGGCAAUCAGCAAAGCCGGGGUCAUUGCUGGAGUGACUGUGGGUCUCUUUGUUCUUCUAAUUAUUAUUUUGAUGUUGUCUGUCUUCUUACGCAGACGUCGCACGCACUCAGACAAAGUCUAUUUGGUGGAGCCAGAACUACAGCGGUAUGAGUAUGAAAGUGAGCAGCACACCUAUGAAAGCAACAUCAGGAAUCCUGAAUUUCCCAACAGCAUACAAGGGUCCGAGAGUUCCAGACCCAACAGGAAGACCUUUAACCCAUCCUUGGAAAGAGUGAAUACAAAUGCAAAAGUUACCACUGACAGACCCAGCCUCAUCAUCCCAAAAUCCAAAAAGUGAAUCUCCUUGUGAUGCCGUAACCCAGCACCUAGCAUCUGGUGGAUAAAAACAAAGUUAUGAUUCAGAGAAGAUGAUGCUGUGUUUUUUUGCGAGCCAUCUUUAUCUCCUCAUCGAAUUUAUGGCUAUAAACUUAAACAAAAUAUAUGUACUGUAAGAAGAGGUUCCGAGAGGGGAAGACAUUUCCACACCUCAGCAGUGUUACUAGGAAAACUUUAACCAAGCCAAGUCAUCUGUAUUGUAUUACAUAACUGUCUGAUAGCGACGUAACAUUCCCAAGUAUGGUAUCUGGUAACCACUAUAUAAAAUAUUGUAUAUCCUGGAAGAUCGGGGAAGAUGAGCGUAUCAGGGGAUAUACAAGCCAGAUGAUUAAACAAUGCUUGUUUGUAGAAGAGUAGCACUGUUCCUCUGUACCAAUCACAUCUUUAAAUGUAUUAUUUAUCAUGUUUAAUACUAUGUCA